ACUCGAAAAAGUGAGGUUAAAUCGCAAGUGGCCAGGAAAAAUGGCAAGUUUAUCGCUGAUUUUUCGAGGAUUGCAAAUUUCCAGAGCGAUAGGAAGGACAUCAAAUGUUGCACAGGUGCGUGCUAAACACCUCUGGAAUAUAGAUUUGCCAAAACCAGGCCAGGGGAAAGCCUUCAGAAGGAUUGUUCACUUCCCUGAAGAGUACACAAUCAAACCUUUGGAAGUGACUAACUUAGCAGGCCGAGAUCCAAAGACAGGACGUGUCGUGGCUAAAGGAAUCGGUGGUGGCAUCAAGCACAAGUACCACUGGAUCAAAUGGCAACGAGAUGGACCAGCUGAGGGACCUCCACAAAUCGAAAAAGUCCUCGAAAUCAUUUUUGACGGCUGCCGAACAGCUAAAGUGGCUCUGGUGGGAGUUGGGGAUGAGCUCAAGUACAUCCUGGCCACAGAAAAUAUGAAACCUGGUGAUCUCAUCAAGACUUCAAGGGUUAUUCCGAGGAUUCCUGUCAGGGCAAAUGAAGGAGAUGCCUAUCCAUUGGGAGCUCUGCCACUUCACACUCAAGUUCACUGCGUGGAAAAGUAUCCGGGCAUGCCAUGCCACCUGAUCCAUGCUGCAGGGACCUUUGGGACGAUUAUAAGGAAGUUCGACGAUUAUGUGGUGGUUCAGAUGCCUUCAAAGAGGGAGUUUGCCUUCAAGGAAACCUGCAUGGCCACCGUGGGCAGAGUUUCCAAUGUCAAUCACAACAAGGAACACGUAGGAUCAGCUCAGAGGAAACGAGAACUCGGGUAUCGACCACGAUCGGGAUUGUGGAAAAGAAAGGAUGGACGGCACGGGAGGAAAAUUCGGCGGCUACCUCCAAUGAAAAUUAUAGGACCUCCAAAGCCUGCUGAUCCUCCAGUGAUGCGACUAACUCUUCCUGAAUUCAACCUCAAGAGAGAGAAACGUACUAGACCCAAUGGCCACAUAAGGCAGCCCGAAUGGUAAGGAAAUAAAAGUCGCAUUUCUUAGUUAA